AUGAAAAAGAUCUUACAAGUUUUGUUGACAGUUACUUCCUUUUGUGGCCUAAUUAUUACCCUAUAUUUAUCAAGAAAUUUUAUGCCUUUGUUGUCAGCACUCAAGAUACAAUCGACAUAUUUUAAUGAUAGCUUCGAUGAUUUGCCUAAACCACUUAUUGUAAAUUUCUCGGACAGCUUUAUGAUUCAAAAACAAUCACCUGGCUGCUUACAGAAAUUUGACCCUUAUAUCGGAUACUACUCUAGAUUUGGAACAAAUAAUUAUUAUGGUUCGGUUUUUAAGAAUAAGCCACGCUGUGAUAAGAUUAUUGGUAACGAUAAUCAUAAUAUCAAACAUGUCACUGAUAAAUUGAAAAACUCUGGAAAGCGAAGUACAAUUUCAGAUCAAAGACUCGCUGAUUUUUCUAGCAAUUGUUCUAACUUUACGCCCUAUUUUCCUGUACUUCCAUUUUCUAAAGCAGAACUAGAGUAUCCAAUUGCUUACAUUUUAACUGCACACCGCGAUGCUGAACAAGUAUUAAGAUUACUACAAGCUAUUUACGUUCCGCAGAAUAUUUAUUGUAUUCAUGCAGAUAGUAAAUCUUCCCUAGCCUUUCAUAACGUAUUACGCAACUUUGCUAAAUGCUUUGAUAACGUUUUUCUUACGAAAUCUAUUUCUGUAGUGUAUGCUUCAUAUAGCAGACUAGAAGCGGAUUUAUUGUGCAUGAACGAUUUACUGCAUUCAAAGAAGCCAUGGAAAUACGUUAUCAAUUUGUGUGGUCAAGAUUUUCCUCUAAAGACAAAUCGAGAAAUAGUAACGUAUUUAAAAUCGCUGCAUGGUAAGAAUGAUGUCGAGACUUAUCUUGCUCCUCAUUUAAAAUGGCGUUGGCAGAAGGUAUAUAAAACGAUAAACGAUCAACUAAUCAAUACAGCUAAAGAUAAAGAAAGCCUAACGGGAAUCGAAUUAUUUAAAGGUAGUGCUUACUAUGCUUUAACGUAUGAAUUCUGUCGCUUCGUGUUUACCAAUCCGGACGCUAUUAGAUUGCGUAAUUGGCUUAAAACCACUUACAGCCCAGAUGAAAAUUUUUGGGCAACUCUUCAGCGUCAUCGGGAUGCACCUGGACGUUACGAUAAUACUCAGAGAAAUAAAAGAUAUAAUAUGAAAAUAAAGUUAGCACGCUGGGGCGGAGAAUCAUGCAAGGGUUUCUUUCUCAGAGGAGUUUGCGUAUUUGGCACGGGUGAUUUACCAUCUUUGGUUAAAGAAGAGUAUAUGUUUGCUAAUAAAUUUAUAUUGACGUACGAUCAUAUUACUGUUGAUUGUCUCACUUCUUAUCGAUAUAGUAAAAUGGUGAUGGACUACGCUGAGAGUUUAGACCGAAUGGUGAACAGGCGUAUGUCAGGGACAAAGCUAUGA